CCUUUGUACACGUUUAUAGUGGCAACAUCAGAAACUUUGUGAAACGCCCGUCUUUGACACUGCAGCGGUUUUUGCUGUUGUUUUAUCAGCUGUGUUGUGCCGUCAAGGCAAACGUCACUGAAUGUCAAUCAAACAUUUAAUCAAGCGCUAAAUCAAUAAAUGAAUAUCAAAUUAUGAAGAGAACAUGGGAAACAAAGUUAACAUGAGCAAGAAAUGAAGACAUUUAUCAAACCUCAGCGUUUUGUGUAUCUGUACAUUGCAAUAAUCACAUGUGCUGCUUUCCUGCUGGCUUUAAACUAUGCUGCCUGGUGUAAGGAUGAAGAAUCUGAAGCCCAGCAAGACUUAAUUGAGUCAUAUCGUGUUCGAUUAAAGGCAGCAGAAAUUACAAUUAAUGAUUUGACCAUCAAAUUGUAUAGUCGUCCAGAGAACACCACUUUGCAGCAGCCUCGCAGUGCCUUCAUUAAAGGUAUUCCUGUGAUUUACCUCAUAACUCCAACACAUUCCCGAUCAGAACAAAAGGCAGAUCUUGUUCGUUUAAGUCACACACUUCUUCAUGUGCCUAACAUUCACUGGGUAAUUGUUGAAGACACAGCAGUGAAAACUAGACUUGUCACCAACUUCCUGAGGACUUGUGGCCUGAACUACACACAUCUGAAUGUAGCAACACCACCAGAGGUGAAGAUGAAAUCCACAGACCCCAACUGGCUCAAGCCUCGUGGAGUACUUCAGAGAAACGCUGGUCUUGAGUGGAUUAGAAGCACAUCAAAAAGAAAAAAACUGGAGCCAGCUGUUGUGUAUUUUGCGGAUGAUGACAACACAUACAGCUUGCAGAUAUUUGAAGAGAUGCGUUGGACAAAAAAGGUAUCAGUAUGGCCUGUUGGCUUAGUUGGAGCACUGCGAUAUGAAAGUCCCAUUGUUGUUAAGGGACAAGUAACAGGGUGGCUGACAUACUGGAGGCCUCAGAGGCCUUUUGCAAUGGACAUGGCAGGGUUUGCAGUCAAUCUGAGAUUAAUUUUGUCACACCCAUCAGCACAGUUUUCAAUUACUGCUCCACGUGGCUACCAAGAAUCUAGUCUUCUAUCUGGCCUUGGGAUCUCACUGAUAGACCUUGAGCCCAAAGCUGAAAACUGUACAAAGGUACUAGUGUGGCAUACAAGAACAGAAAAGACAAGACUUAAAAAUGAAGAAAAAAUGAGACAGCAAUUUGGCAAAGGAACAGAUCUUGAUAUAGAGGUUUAACAUUCUGAGCUUAAAUGCUGUUAUAUUAAUUUAUACUGCAUGUUGCCUUGUGGUCAAUGGUUUAUAAAUCUUUCCAGCUAGUAAAGAAGCAAGUUUGUGUUUUCAUGUGUGGAUGCGAAUGAGAUGGCAUGUAUACAUGUGCAGAAUGAUUUAGAGAGAAUGAAUGUGUAAAUUUUAUUGGUAAUAUAGGAAACAUUUGACUUGUCAACAGUGGGGAAAAUAAUGUUCUUGUUCUCUUUGUGAUUAAAGUUGACAUUUUUCGCAUCAUUCAAAAAGUGUAAAUGAUUUUACAGAUUCACAGGGUUUGCCAUUGAUCUUGUGUUGAGAUGUUAACACACCUUUCAUUGAAAUGUAAAAUUGCUGUUGUUGAUCUUUGUUUUCUGCUUCACUGGUAUAUUUCCAGUCCAUUUCCUGUCUUCCCUUUUUCUCAUUCUGUGAUGAUUUUAACCACCCUUUCCCAUCUCACAGGUAAACAUUGUUGGGAAUGCUUUGAAGCAAAAAGUUGUCAAUGUGACCUCUACUAACAUUUUCCCUUUGGAUUUCCUAUUUCUUUCUUCCUUUGUUUAUGCUGAAUAAAGAUUAUAUUUUGCAUGAUUUUCAAGCAGUGAUUUUGAAACUGUAUUGAAUUUUUGAAAAGAUUGCUGUGUCCUAAAGAGUCUCAUAAAAUUCAUAGAACAUAUUUAUGCAUUAUAUAUAAACUUGAAUGUAAAAGUGCACUCAUUUCUAUUUUCACGUGCAUGUUUACAUUUAUAGGUGUUUAUAAAUAGGGAUUUUAGUAACUCUUGAUUAGUAAUUAGUAACUUGAUAGCUCUGGUAUGGAUUUUUAAAAUACUUGCAGGGUUCCUUCCUAUUUUAAUAUUGACAUUGGGUCUAGGCAACUGCAAAAAACAAGAUAACAGAGAUCUUUAUAUUUGUUGCUAGAAAAACUACUGCAACCACAUUUUUUGUUAUUGUCACUGUACUUAAUGUUGUGACCGGCUAUUUGAGUUUAUCACCAGUUUCUACUAUAACUACUGGUCAUUUGUUUGGGCUGUACUCAGUGUUUGAGCCAUCUAUGCAAUAUUGAAUUUUGGUUUUGUA